AUGGAUGUUAUUGCGACUCUACCGGAGGAAAUGCUACGGGAGAUCCUGUCGCUACUUCCGUUCAACGAUCUACUGCACUGCACGUUGGUCUGCUGGCACUGGCACAAUAUCGCCGAGCCGAUGAUCCAUCGUAGAGGCUACAUUCGGAUAGGCGUCGACAUGACCGGUCACGGUCGAACAUUGUGGAACAGUACCCGGCAGUAUCACACCGUUGUCGUCGACAAUCCACCCGGUUCGAGGCGAUCACUAGUGAACCUGUUGAUGCUUCCAAGUACGUGGAUUUUCAAGCCUUCGGAAAUUCAGCUGUUGAACUUUCUGGCGGACAGUUUGGAUAAAUUUUGCAGACAUGGCCAUCGAUUGCUUGAGAAUGCUGAGACAGUCCACAUCAAGUUGGACGACGACAGACACAUGUAUCUGAACGACGGUGCUGAGGAGUUUGUUUUGAAGUUUCCUAUGAUGAAACACCUCGUCUGGAGUGAAUCACUACACGGUCAUGGAUGGAAAACGGUAACAAUUGAUGCUCCUCUAUUGCAGACUGUCGUUGUGAGUGAUGCCCUGGAUCCUACGGCUGUGCUGAAAAUACCUGAGUGCGAUCAGCUGCAACACGUGAAGUGUUCAUUUCGCACGAAGACAUUCGAAAACGUGUUCACCGGUUAUUUAUCGAGAUUAGAGACGUUGAUUUUAGAUUUUCACCAUCAUGACUACGAUCUGUAUAUGGUAAGAGGUAUGCCUUGUUUGAAAUGGUUGGAGUUAUCAGUUGAGUUAGAACUACCACACAGCAUUAUUGAAACGAUCCUCGGUUGUUCAAAGUUGGAAGGAUUGAAACUUGAGGUGAGAAAUUGUCAUGCGCCUCACGGUAGGAUAAAUUUGAACCAGGUGUUUGACAAGUUGUCAGAGCUUCAGCAGAUUGAGUUAUCUGGAUUGAGUUUGAGUGGAUGCAAUCCCAUUGAGGCACAAGAAUUGAGACUGCUCAAGAUGAGGAAUGUUAAGCUACCGAAAGCUGAUUGUGAACUAUCAUUCAAUGCUCCAACACUUCACACACUGUCAACCUGCGAAGAAAGUCUUGUAAAGAUGAAUAUCGACAUCGGCAAUCGAAUGAAAAAGCUGUACGUAGAGUUGAAAGACACUAAUUGGAAGGAAGCAUUCAACGUAUACUUGCGACCAUUCCUACAUCUGCAUGUAAGCAUUGACGAAUUGAUACUGAUGUUCCCGUACUCGAACAAUUUGAUCACAUGUGAUAAAUCACUCUUCGACCAGCCAGCGCUGGAAGUGGUGCGAUUGGAGUUGCAUCAUUUCGAAAUCCGUUGCGAUUUUACGGAAAAUGUUAAUAACUGGCACUCGUUGCAGCGUCUUUCACUAGUCAACUGCAACGUCAUUUGCUGCUGUCCGACGACAACCUCCGAGUGUGGAAUUUUUAAUAGCAGAAAUUUGCCAGCAAUUGUUAUUAAGACGAUGAGGAAUCACCGGAAACGAAGAGAAUGGACAUCUCUUGGACGAAAUCACAUAAAUCCUUUAUAA